AUGAUGAAAGGCGCAUUAGUCAUAUUUCUUACCCUCAUAAGCCAAGUUUCAUUUGUAAAAUGUUACGAGGGAGAAAAAUACGAGACCCUUCGAAAAUUCCUCCUCCCUGAGAGCUUAAACAGAUCAAACAAUUACAUAAUUGAUGAGGAUUCAGCUCAUCAGUAUUCGCCAGUAUAUAUUGGUCCUCAAGAGGGGUUUAAAGCAGCCAACAAAAUCAUCGCAUUGCCAGGGGAACCAAAAGGAGUAAAGUUUGAUCAAUAUUCAGGGUAUGUCACUGUUGAUCCUACGGUUGGUCGAGCUCUCUUUUACUAUAUUUCGGAGUCCGAAAACCCUUCUAGCAAGCCUCUUGUGCUGUGGUUAAACCAAGGGCUUGGCUGCUCUUCUCUGGGUGUUGGAGCAAUGAGUGGACAAGGACCAUUUCGAGUUAGUAAAGAUAACAAAACACUAUGGCACAAUGAAUAUGCCUGGAAUAAAGUGGCAAACAUACUUUACUUGAAAUCACCGGCAGCUGCUGGAUUUUCUUACUCAAACACGUCAUCUGAUUACACUAUUGGAGAUAAACAAACGGCAAAAGAUUCUUACACAUUCCUAAUAAAUUGGUUGGAAAGAUUCUCUGACUACAAAAGCAGAGACUUUUACAUAGCUGAAGAAGCUUAUGCUGGCUUUUUCGUACCUGAACUUGCUUAUCUUAUCCUCCAUAACAACAAAAUAACGAACCAAACGGUGAUUAACUUGAAAAGUAUUCAGAUGGGAAAUGCUAUUGUGGAUACAGAAACACAAAGCAAGGGACUAUAUGAUUUUUUGAGGUCACAUAGCCCAAUAUCUGAUGAAAUAUAUCACGGUUUAGUUUCAAAUUGCACUUGUAAUAAGUACGCCGAACAAGCGGUGAAGGCAAUGGGAAACAUCAAUCGCUACAACAUAUAUGCUCCAGUGUGCUCUUCUACUUCCAAUGCUCCUUGGAUAUACGGUGAAGAUCCAUGCGCGGAUGAUUAUGCGUUAUCCUACCUAAACAAUCCUGAAUUGGACUUAUGGGUUACUGGAGCUCGACUCGUUAACCAAAUUAACAAGCCGAGUUCGAGCCUUAACGAGUCGAGCUCUAACGAGCUUUCGAGUUACUCGAUUGAUUUAACAGCUUUACCUACCAUUAGGGAGCUAAUGGCAGGUGGCAUUAACGUAUGGAUGUAUAGUGGAGAUACAAAUAGCUUUAUACCCGUGACGGCAACUUGGUAUGCCAUAAAGAAGCUAGGGGUAGCCGUGAAAGCCCCUUGGUACUCCCAAGGCGAGGUUGCAGGAUUUGUGGUGGAAUAUGAGAACUUAACAUUUGUGACUCUUAAAGGAGCUGGAUUGUUCGCUCCCAGCUAUAAGCCUGCCCGCUCACUCGCUAUGUUCUCAUCAUUCUUGGAAGGAAAGCUUCUUUCAUCAAGCUAG